CUAAGGAGGCUGUGGAUAGUGGUGACUUAUUUACAUAUAAAAACUACACCCAUGAUUUAGUUAAUUUACCUAGCUUAUAUCUUCAUGAAUAUUGGGGGGAUGAAUGGGCAGUGAGUUCUCAGACCAAAGGUAAAUUUUAUUCAUCAAUUCAACCAAUUAUUUUAAGCAAGCCUUGGUUCUUCCGGGUUAAAGUUGGCAAGAGAGCAACGUCCUGCCUCAUACGUAUGAGGCUCGGUCAUACAUGCUGUGCCUCUUUCCUUGCAAAGAUUGGCGUUAUAUCAAGUGGCGACUGUGAAUGUGGUUUGGAUACUGGUCAUGUUAACCACAUUUUUCUGGCUUGCCCUCUACAUGACAACUCCCUUCUUUUUAAAAAUCUUUUAUUACAAAAAGUCCCUCUUCCUACAUCUAUUUCGGUCCUACUUGCUUCUAAUGAUCCUCAAAUAUAUAAGUUGUUAGCCACAUUUAUUCAAGUAAAUAAUAUAAAAUUAUAGUUAAAUAUAUGUUUAUUUUAUACCUAUUUAUAUGUGUAAGUAUAUUGAUAUUCCUUACCUUACCUUAUGAUCCUUUAUUUCAAAAUUUCGUUCCUAUCCAAAUUCCUAUCUCCAUAAACGUUUCCUAAGUCUUUAUCCUCUACAUUCAAAUCUACAUUUAAUGGCAAAUAUGCAAGUCGCAUGACGCCAAAGAGAAAAAAAAAAAAAAAAAAAAAAGGAUUUUUUUUCGACUCGAAUAUUUCCAAAUAUUUCGAAUAAUCGUUAUAGCAACACAGGCCUCGCGAAUGAGUGAAAUCAGAUUGAAAAUGCGGCCAGUUUGAAGAGUCUUUAUUUUAGAAGAAACCGUAUGUGUUUUGUGUGCUGUUUAAUUUAUAUUUAUAACACGUCAGUCGCCCCUUUUUCAGAACAUUGUUUUGAUAGUUUAUUUUAAGUUUUGUAUAAAAUAGAAACAAGAAAAAUGAGCGAUGAUAACGAAGAAGAUUACAAAUUCGCCGCAUGUACUUUCUUCGCGAAGAACCACCCUGGGGAGACUUGUGGGAGCAAUGGUCUUCCUCUGACUCCAAGCUCUGUGACCAUCCUAGGCAGAGCGCAGCGGCUUCUGACGAUUGAACAUCCCAAUUUGUGUACGUACUUGGAUAUUAUACGCGGGAAACAUGAAAGAAUAAUAGUAGUGGCUGAAGUGAUUGGGAAGCCGUUGAAUGAAUGGCAGUCAAAAUUCAGUUAUGAAGAGGUGACAAAUAUAGCCAAACAAGUUACAAAUGCUUUAGCUUUCCUUCAUAAAGAGAACAUCACACAUAGAACCCUAUCUGAUGAUAACAUCCUCUUAGACAGCAAUGGGAGAGUUAAACUUUUCAACUAUGGCAUGUAUUUUAUGACUGGAGCCGGGAGCGAGGUAACUUUCCCUCUUGGCCUACCAAAAUAUUUGAGUCCAGAAACAAUCCUCAAUGGAGGUGGACCAUCAGGGGACGUGUGGACAUUUGGCAUUAUUCUUCUGGAGUUAUGUAUUGGGAAACUAUGGCAAAACUUGAAGCCAGCUCCUAUAUUGAGGAGGAUAUUGACCCUUGUCCACGCUGCUAAUCCAGCUGAGAGGAUAGCCAGGGAACAUGACUUGUUUGAAGCCUAUAAGCAAGUACCGGAAAACCUAAGGAAUGUGAUAGAAAAAUGCCUCAAAAUAUAUCCGAGUGAGAGGGCCAGUUUCUCAGAAUUAGUAGAUGAUCUUUCUAAGAUUGAAACCAAAGAGUUGGUUGAAGUGAAGAGAGCUAGGGGCCUGUUGGGAUGUAAAUUGCAAUAUCUGUAUCAUUGGUGGCAGUUGGCUGGCGGUGACAUACAGGCGGAGUUGAAAAAAAACUGCCUUAUCAAGAAUACACCGCCUAUUUUGACUUUGCCUAUAGCUAUCCUAUUGGAUGGAUGCACGGUCGGUGGGAAGCCACCAGCUCUGUACGACCGGCGCAUAGCUAAAUAUAGCCUGGGGUUGCUCAAGGCUCGCUUAGCACAUGUCUCGGCUCACGACUACUACCCUCUCAUGCACGAGAGAAGGAAAGAUUACGAUGCAGUAGCUCUACCCAAAAUCAUCAGGGAGAGGGACACCGAGUACCAGUUUUAUAGGCUGUUGUGGUUCCAACGGCUUCUGCAUGGCUACCCAUACACAGCACCAUACAUUCGAGCGGAAGCCGAGAUAGACAUACCGCCGCUGGUCCGUGGAGACGUGUGGGCGGCUCUACUGGGCGUUGUCGGUGAUAUAGAGGAUCAGUACGAAAGGAUUGAUAAGGAAACACCAACACCUACUGACCGUCAGAUAGACGUGGACAUCCCUCGCUGUCAUCAGUACUGCUGGCUGCUAUGUGGCUCGGCUGGGCACCGCGCGCUCAAGCGGUUACUGAAGGCAUGGUUGCUAACUAACCCUCAAUAUGUGUACUGGCAAGGGCUGGACUCUCUUACUGCGCCGUUCCUGUACCUCAACUUCUGUAAUGAGGCUCGUGCGUUCGCGUGUCUCUCCGCAUUCGUGCCGAAGUUCCUUCACAAGUUCUUCCUGAAGGACAACAGCGCGGUGAUCAAGGAGUACCUGGCCAAGUUCUGGCAGAUGACCGCCUUCCACGAGCCGGUGCUCGCCACGCAUCUCCACGACAUCAACUUCGUGCCGGAGCUCUUCGCUAUACCCUGGUUCCUCACCAUGUUCUCGCAUGUAUUUCCCCUACAUAAAAUCGUUCAUCUUUGGGAUGCCCUGCUGGUCGAAGGCCCAUCACUACCUCUGUUCAUGGGGGUAGGCAUAUUAAGGCAACUGCGAGAUACGUUGCUCGAAUCGGGGUUCAACGAAUGUAUAUUACUGUUCUCAGAUCUACCUGAGAUUGACAUCGGGGAAUGUGUUAAGGUAUCAAUAGAUAUGUGCCGAAGUUCUCCGAGGAGUAUUAGUUACAGACGAUUUACUAACGAAGCGCAGUCCAAAGAUCCUAUGGAUGCAGUGGAAAUAACGAUGGAAGUGUUAUUUACAGAGAUCUGUCCGCGGAUCAGUCUGUCUGACUUCUUCUCGCUCGUAUGCCAAGAUAAAACCUGUGUCAUCGAUAUUAGGUCUAAUUUACUGUACGAGAAGAGCUGCAUAGACGGCAGUAUAAACAUUCCGUAUAGCGGAGUGCACCUGGGACAACUAGAGUUACAAGCGCUAGGCCCCCAUCCGCACAGGACGCUGACAGAGGCCAUGCGGCAGAAGAAGACGGUUGUCGUUGCCUCCGCUGAGGAUGAAACCGCGCAGUUGUUCAGCGACUACCUAGUGAAGUGCGGAGUAGCGAGAGUAUGCAUUCUGCAUGGAGGAAUAUCAUCUCUACAUACCCAUGUACCAUCACUAUUCACUGUACCACCCAAGAGGAACGGACCUUCCAACAAGUAACCUGACUAAAAGAAAACCCUCUGACAGGCCCAACUAGUUGACUAACUAGUUCCGUCCACAUGCAACAGAUGGUGCGCACAUCAUUCAAUGCAGGCCUAGAACGCGCUAUCGGAGUUUUCACAGCGUGACGCACAGAUACAACUUCC